AUGACCAGUCCAGUCGCAUGCUUUAUGGGUGAGAUCAAUUCGCCCUCCUUGCCAGGAUUUCUGGGACCCGCAUAUAGAGCUCGAGUCAGACUGCGGGGCUCGACAAUGCUGAUCAGCCUUGAUGCAUUCGUUGGUAACUUAUUUUUAUCUUUUGAGUUUUUUUGGCUUUUGGUUUCCCUUCCCCCUUUCGUUCGGCCCAAACCUAGCAUCCUUGACCACGCAAAGCGGCUGGCCAUUGGUUGCACUGGUGUCAAACGGCUGUUUGAGUCGAUUCGAUUGGUUGUUUAUGCUGCCCAUGCUCCGCAACGUCAUUCUCCAAGAGAUGGCGGAAACGCAUCACAGGAAAGUGGAGUAGGGAAGCUGGGAUCAGGUUUUGUCAACCCUGGAAAAAUCAUGGCUGUGAAGGGCUUGGUGAUUGCCCAAUUGCCUUUUGUAUGGAUUACUACAUCCAUUAGACCCGGAGCUCACCGCCACUAUCCUGACUAUGAGAAAGUUAGUCGAGAAAAGCCGCUAUGCGUGAGAAACUGUAACAUGAAACCUACAUCUCCUUUAGCCCUAAAAUGGAAGCAGACAAAGAUGGGCAACAGUCAAGAACAGAAUAUUUCGUCCAACCAACCUCCGAUAUUUUAUCAAAUUGGUUCGUAUCCAAUGGAAAGUUCAUGCUGGUCUCACUGCAACCAUAUAUUCACAUGGCGAGAUCCUCCCGGUCUCCUUGUGUUCAUCAAUAAGGACGGGAGCCGAAACGAUUCAUCCUCGAACUGGCCUAGACCGUUAGAAUUGUCAACUGAGCCGUGGCAGCGGAUGGACUAA